GGAGAGUCAGUCUUCGAUGUGGUCUGUCAGACAUAACAAACCAAUCAUAGUAAUGUCAACGUAGUUACCUCUGUAUUGUACAUUGAGAUUAUUGGUUAGCCUUUUUUUUUUGUUUGUCUGGAGUCUUAUUAGCCCGACACAAUGGAGCUGAAUGAAUUUCACCGCAACGGUGUUGCCACAGCAGGCUCUGGCUAUUUCAACUCUGAGCCGUCCCUACGGUUAAGGAGACAGCCAUCAAUGUCCAAUCAGCCAUCAGUGUCCAAUCAGAAUGCCUCCCCUCACUUUGACUGGGCCCGAUCGUCUGAGGGGGGUGAAGAUGAGGAAGAGGAGGAGCCACGGAACGUGAGGGAGCUACCCAUGCCCUUCCUCCUGAGGAGAGCAGUCCGGCAGGUUCAGCAGAUGCGUGUACCGGUGGACUCCGGGCGGGCGCGGAGGUCCAGAGCCCUGAAGCGCUUCUCCAAACAGGCCAGAAACGCUCUGGACCUGGUCACUCUCUGGAGAAAAUCCAUACACAAGAUAGGAGGGCACUUUGGUGGGGGUGUCCAGUCCUACUUUGUGUUCCUGCGGUUCCUGGUCGUCCUGAACUUCCUGUCCUUCCUGCUGAUUGCUGGGUUCGUCCUCAUCCCUGCCAUCGUCUUCAACUCUCUCGACCUCAACACCACCGCCCCAGAGACCAACCUCACAGGAAAGGAAGAGUGCCUGGUCUAUGACACUAGCCCCAAUGCACUGACAGUGUUCUACACAUACUUCCUGGACUUGUUGUCGGGAACGGGCUUUAUGGAGUACUCUUACAUGUUCUACGGGUACUACAACAACACGAUGAUCGUGACCAGCGGCUUCUCCUACAACAUCCCACUGGCGUACCUCCUGACGGCAUCCUUCUACUUCAUAUUCUGCCUCAUAUGCAUCGUCGUCAGGAUGGGAGGUGUGUGGCGAGUUGCCGUGACAACGGGUGGAGGCGCUGCCGGGGGUUACAGUAUGCUGGUGUUCACUGGUUGGGACUAUGGUCUCCAAGGAGACCGCGCCACCAAACUGAAGCGGAACAACAUCCGCUACCAGCUGCAGAUGGACCUGGAGGAGGAGAGGCUCCAGUUGAGGGCUGCGUCCCUGACUCUUCUCCAGACCGUGGGCUCGUACGCUCUGCGGAUCUUCCUCAACCUCGUGGUCCUCGGGCUCAUCGGAGGAGCCUUCAUAGGCAUCGCUUUUGCAACACAAUUCAGCCAGACCCAGGCCACUCAGGAGGGGAUAGUGGGCCUCCUGCUGGAGUACCUGCCCUCCAUCGUCAUCACAGCCAGUAACUUCGUGGUUCCCUUCCUGUGUGACCAAAUUGCCCUGCUGGAGAGACACAGCCCCAGCACCACCGUCAUCCUGGCCCUCCUCAGAGCCGUGUUCCUGCGGCUGGUGAGCUUGGCAGUGCUGCUGUUCACUCUGUGGGAAAACAUCACCUGCUACGAAGACAAGAGCGAAUGCAGCCCCUGCAACUACAACCACAAAAUAUAUCAGUGUUGGGAGACCCGGGUGGGACAGGAGAUGUAUAAGCUGACGCUAUUUGACUUCCUGACGACCAUUGUUGUGCUAAUUCUGGUGGAGUUCCCUCGACGCAUGGUGGUGGACAACUGCUCCUGGUCCCUGGUCCAGUGGGUGGGUCGUCAGGAGUUCCUGGUUCCGCCCAAUGUGCUGGGGCUGGUGUACGCCCAGACCGUGGUGUGGACAGGCACCCUGUUCUGCCCGCUGCUGCCUCUGGUCAACACCAUCAAGUUUGUCAUCAUCUUCUACUGUCGAAAGAUCACCCUGUUCCAGAACUGUCGCCCAGCGGUGAGGACCUUCCGCUCCACGAGCUCAAACGUGGUGUUCUUCCUGGUUCUGCUGUUUGGCUGGAGUCUGGCCACCACUGUUCUGAUCUACAGUAUGGCCGAGCUUCACCCCUCCUAUGGCUGUGGCCCCUUCCGGUUUUCCACAACCAUGUGGAGCCUCGUGCCCGAAUCAUUCCGAGGUCUGUCCCAAUCCACACAGGAUUUCCUGCGCUACGUUGGCUCCCAGGCCUUCUCCAUCCCACUCUUCCUCUUCUCCUGUGUGGUACUGUGUUACGUGGCUGCACUGGCAUCCGUCUAUGGCAACAGCGUGGCUCUGCUCCGAGCCCAACUCAAACUGGAGGGACGAGACAAGCAGUUCCUGGUAAAGCAGUUGGAGGAGCUCACUCAGAAGCAAGGUGUCCCAAAACUUGACCAGGAGACCGUUCCGAGGGAUCGCAUCCCCAUGGCCGCCGACCCCAUGAGGGCGAGUUUCAGGCCCCCGACGCAGAACAACUACAACUAGACUGCCGCUCCGCUACCUCAUGCUCUGGACUGAAUCCCAAAAACGGUUCACAAAGACCUCUGAAGAUCCAAAGCUGUUAUCUUUGCCCAUAUAGGGAGAUCUACAAGGAUACAAGGGGGUGUAUUUGUCACAUGCAUAACAUUACUAGUCAAGUCCAAUUUUAUUUCUAUAGCACACUAAAGUAAAGAAGUGCAGUGAAAUUUGUCGGUUCCUUCUCCUGUUGUGCAUAUGGGCCGUAAGAUGAAUUGUAAGUUAGCUCUGGGAUAGCAAAAAUCAAAGUUUGUGGUCUUAACAUACCGAAGAUCACAGUAUCCACUUGAAGGCAGUGGAUAAAAAUGUGUAGAGCAAAUUUCUGAUUUCUUUGUGAGAGUUUAACAGGUACGAUAAUUCAAAAUCCUUAUUGUUAUUUUUGCAUAGGAAAAAUCGCAAGAUAGCGGAUCUCCUUAUAUGGCCAAAGAUACCAGCUUUUUUGUAAGCAAACUUAAGAGGUCUGCAGCUGACACUCCAAGAAUGACUAUGAAUUGGUGAAAAAUAUGUCGAAAUCAUUUCAGUGGUUGACAAGAAUAUGGCCAUAUGGACUUUCUACAUGCUUCCACACGACAAAGGGAUUAUAAUGGCUUAUGCAGUGUUUAACAAAAAGAAUGUGAAGAAUUUUGUAAAACAAACUCCUUGUUCAAUAGUAGUUCAAUGUAUGUAUAUAAGCAAUGGAUUAAUGUUGAAAUGUAUAGAUCAUUCACGCUAAUGUAUGGGCUGUGAAAGUCCACAGGAGUUCAAGAGAGCUCAGAACAUGGUUGUUGUAUAGCAUUCUGAUAUACAUGUAGCUUAUCAGUGUUGCUAUUGUUUAUGUUUAUGGUAUCAGGCAGACGCUUUUGUACAAAGCGACUUACAAUGACAAUCGAUGAACACUAUAGGCCUACAUUAACAUUAAAAUGAACUGUUUUAGUCUAAUCAACCAGCUUAAAAAUAUAAAUAUUAUAAAUACCCUAGACUAAAUACAAUGUAACAGAACAAUAACCAUAAACAUAUACAAACUCUAACUGUAAGGAUAAAUCCAUUAGUGAGAAAAGAAAAAUUAAUUAUUGUCAUCAUAAUGUAUUAUUAUAACCAUAAAUGUUGUAUUGAUAUUGAAGUUAUACAUGACAUAGAUAUAUAUUUAUAAAAAUGUUCAAAUUACAUUAAACUGAACACA